UGAGUUCCAACCCAAUAGGACACGAACAAGUUCCAUCUUCUCUUUCGUACGCCCUCCGAAGAACGGAACCAGAGCCUGGCUGUCUGAGCCUCUCAUCGAAGGCAUCAGGUGCAAUGGAUUUGAGAUUUGGACUUGUCUUCCUUCUUGUAGUGUGUGCUGCUUGGGAUUGUGAUGCUAGAAAAUUGGCAUCAUCUGAUCAUGAGUCAAGCUACCUGGAGCUAGAGAAGGACGUGGAGGCUUCAUCUGAAGCUUCCAGCAAUCCCAAGAUAUGUAAACUUUGUGAGAGCUUGGUCAGUCAGGCAGUUGAAUACCUUGCAGAUAACAAUACCCAAAAUGAGAUCACUGGUAUUCUCCAGCAAACGUGCGCUGUAUUGGGCGUGUUCAAGGAGGAGUGCAUCAGUUUGGUGGACAACUAUGUUCCUCUCUUCUUCUCAGAGAUUUCCUCAAUUGAGCCUUCUAGCAUCUGCCAAUCAGCCCGCAUCUGUGAGCAAGUUACUAUAAUCUCCUCGCAGAUUCAGGAUAAUAGCUGUGGAUUCUGUCAAGAGACUAUUUCAAAAAUAUUGGAUAAGUUGAAAGAUCCCGACACACAGAUAGAGAUACUCCAGACGCUUCUGAAUAUGUGCGACUCCUUGGGGUAUCGUGUGAAACAGUGCAAGAAAUUAGUGUUUGAAUAUGGGCCUCUGAUCCUUGCCAAUUCGGAGAAAGUUCUAGAACAAACAAAUAUUUGCAAAGCUAUACAUGCUUGUCCAGCAGUAGCUGGUGGUGACAACACCACAUCAUCUGUUGGAACUGUGUCUUUGCUCGCCGACGCUUGAAUGUGCACACAAUCACGACGGAGGGAUCUACACGUCGUGUCUGAAUGAAAAUGGGUAAGAAAAUUACAUCUUCCUUGCCUUUCUCUGUCUGUUUAUGAAUCUAAUAUGAUAACAAUCCUUGUCCGUGGAUGGUCUGUGUAAUGUACAUGAUUUACAUUGAUAUGUGGAUAUAUAUGUCAUUGGCUAUUGCUAUUUCGAGCCGAUUGUUAGCAUUAAGGAACUUGGAAUUGUCCAUUUCAGUCUGCUGUAGCUACUCAAUUUGAAUUGUUGAUGA